CCAGGCUCCCUUGAGCUCGUUCCAUUCAUCCGCCCCCAAUGACUCUCCUGCAACUGCCUCCGGAGCUCCUGUUCCACAUCUUCGCCUACCUAGGGUUUGAGUUCUUUGCGCAAGACCCGCGCCGGCUGGCUGUGUCGAGGAAGUGGCACGCCCUGGCCUGGAAGGUGUUCGCCCGAGACGUGCAUCUCACGACGAGCUCGCUGAAAAAGGCCACCGAUGGCGAGCUGGUCCUUGCCCGGAUACAGCCCUACAUUGUCGGUCUCAGCCUGCAUCUUGAAGGGCGGGAUGUCAUCAGCCGGCUGUGGCCCGGCGGCUGCGUCCCCGCAGAUUCCUUGGAGUUUGCUGAGCAGGUCGAGGCGUCCCUGACUAAGUUGGCUGCUGUGCUGCAGCAAUGCGAGGGUGUGCGCUCUCUCGCGGUCACCACGAGAGGACUCCAACGCUCGGGAUUAGUGAUCACCCAGCCUCUCGCGGACCUUUUCUCGGUCCGCCACUUGACGUCUCUGGAGGUUGACACCGUGGGCUGGAAUCUACGCUGGGGCCUCAGCUUUGGCGCGCAUCUGUGUCGCUCUAUUAAUGCCGCGCUUCCGUCUCUGCGGCGACUCCGUUGCCGGAUGGACAGUAUGUGCGAGGCCUUGCUCGAGCCUCCGCCCGGAGACGCCCCUAUUCCGCUCGACGAUGUCAUUGUCAACUUGAGCCUCGCGGAGCUACCCGAGACCGUCGCAGUCACAACCUAUCGUUAUGUCGGCCGCUGUCGGUCUAUUUCGCGAGACGACCUCUUGCAGUUGAAGGAGGCCAUGGAAGCCCAGGCGACAGCAUUGUCCCUGCGCCUGGGGCGUCCCCGGAGGGUCAGGGUCAUAUCGCACGAAUUCCCAUCUUUCGAGAUUCGUGCGUUCGAUGCUGUGACUGGGAAACGCACUCGUCUGGAAAACAACAUUGACUGGGAUGCUGAAGGAGAGCCGGUCCGCGAGGCAGAAACGGUCAAUGAUGCGAACGGGCAUGUUUGACAUCCAAUCACCCGUGGCCCCCGAGAUGCCGUUCUUCUGCG